AAUUAUGGUAGAUUUGUCUCACUCUCACCACCAUCACUGAGUGCCGUUUCUAACAACUUUUGCUCUUGAUUACCGUAACCGCCCUUGAUCACAUUGUUCACCGGCGGCGGCGGGUUCCCGUGAAUGUCUAUCAUCGAAACCCCCACCGUCGAUUGCGAUCACGAUCAGCGCGGCGGGGUCGCCCCCACAGACUACUACCGUCACUCCGCGAAGCGUAAAUUCGACGACUUCACUUCGGCCUUCGACGAUUACGAUGAUUGCGCCGAUUUUCUCGACUUAGUCUCCGUCAGAAUGAAGAAAGACGUUGAAGCCAACGCCGUCGUCAAUUCAUCCUCCGCCGCGGCGUCGCGGUUGCAGUUCUUUGUUCGCAUGAUAUCGAAGGGUAACAGCAUGGUGAUGCAGGGUUUCCCACAAGACACCGUGAAAUCGAUUCACGAGCGCAUCGAGACGAUGACGGGGAUUCCGGUGUGCGAGCAGCGGUUGAUAUAUAAUGGGAAGCAGCUUCGGUGGAAGCAGACUCUGCAUGAAUGUGGCAUUCAGAACGAUGCGAAUCUCCAAUUGGUUGGGAAUUUGCGGAGUGGGAUGAUCCCCAAAGUAAUGGAGGUGAUCGACAAUAUGAUUUCCCUAAUUUGCCGUUUGUGCAGAGGCGAAGUGGUGCACGAUGCUCUGGAGGUGAUCAAGAUUCUCAUGACCAAGAACUUCAAUGUUCCUGGUUAUUUUGAAGCUUUCUUGUCUUCUAAAUCUCCCGCAAUACUUGUGAUGCUCUAUGUAUCCCCCCAUGCAGGUAACAAGGGCCGUGCUAAUUGUUCCAUCAUGCAUUUCUUGAGUUGGUGUCACACUAAGUUAAGUAAAUCGUUUUAUCGUCCGUGUGCUCGUGUGGUGUUGGAGUUAUGUAAAGUGCUUCGACGGGUGGUGGGUUGUGAUGAUCCUUUGUAUAUCUCUUGCCGGAGUGCUUUUGGGUUUUUGUUGGAGAAUGGUAGUGUUUCCUAUGGUUCUGGGAAUCCUAAAAGCUCGAUUUUGCUUCAAGAUAUUUGCCCCUUUGUUCGUGAGCUUGCAAAUACGUUGUUGAGGGAUUUGGAUUUGAGUAUAAGUUGCCCCACCUCCACGGGGCCGUUCUCUACAGAUGUUCGGGAUUUCACGGCAUUGUUAAUCCCUUUAAGGACCGGAAUCAGAGAGCAGCAAGCUUUGGAGGGUUCUGUGACUGAUGGAAAAUGCUGUCAGGAGGACCCUUUGCUUGCAGAAGAGGUUGAUUACCUUCGUCUUAUAUAUAUUCAGUUAUUGAGCAAAAUGGAUGAGUGCCUUCGUGGCAUGGAGGAAUGCUUGGCUAACAAGGAACAAGGGGAAGGAGAUAAUGUCUAUUUGGGAUGGUAUCAGUAUCUUUCCAUCUUGAAGGAGUUGCAUCAAAUCUCAAAGCUCUAUGACGGUGCCGAAGAAAAAUUUUGGAGAGUUUUGAUGCAUAGAAGAAACAUGCUGUCUCUACUAAUUAUUCGGCACGCAAAGAGAACUGAUGAUCAUCAGUGGAUUCUUGAGCACAAAAGCGUGACCAAUUUUGAAUCUAGGAGGCAUUUGGCGAUGUUGCUGUUCCCUGAGGUAAAAGAAGAUUAUGAAGAGUUUCAUGAGAUGCUUAUUGACAGGUCUAAGUUAUUAGCUGAAUCUUUCGAGUACAUAACUGGAGCAAAGCCUGAGUCCCUGCAUGCUGGUCUAUUUAUGGAGUUCAAAAAUGAGGAAGCUACAGGACCAGGUGUACUGAGGGAGUGGUUUGUUUUGGUGUGUCAAGCAAUAUUUAAUCCGCAAAAUGCUCUUUUUGUGGCAUGCCCCAAUGACUGUAGGAGAUUUUUCCCUAAUCCUGCAUCUAAGGUACAUCCUCUGCACCUUGAGUACUUCAGCUUCUCUGGUCGCAUUAUUGCACUAGCUUUGAUGAAUAGGGUGCACGUGGGUAUUGUUUUUGAUCGUGCGUUUUUCAUGCAAUUGGCUGGAAACUAUAUUACUUUAGAAGAUAUACGGGAUGCAGAUCCUUACUUGUAUAGCAGCUGCAAGCAAAUAUUGGAGAUGGAUGCUGAUUUCAUUGAUUCUGAUGCAUUAGGACUGACCUUUGUCAGAGAGGUGGAGGAAUUAGGAUACAGGAAAGUGGUUGAGCUUUGCCCUGGUGGGAAAAGACUUGUAGUGAAUAGUAAGAACAGGGAGAAGUAUGUUGAUCUUCUUAUACAGAAUCGUUUUGUAACAUCCAUAUCUGAGCAGGUAUCACAUUUUGCCAAGGGUUUUGAUGAUAUUCUUUCCAACUCAAGGCUCCGGCAGUUCUUUCAAAGUUUAGAUCUUGAAGAUCUUGACUGGAUGCUGCAUGGGAGUGAAAAUACCACUUCUGUUGAAGAUUGGAAGGCACAUACUGAGUAUAAUGGCUAUAAAGAGACUGAUGGUCACAUAUCUUGGUUUUGGGAGAUUGUUGGGAGAAUGUCAGCGGAACAAAGGAAGGUUCUUCUGUUCUUUUGGACAUCUGUGAAAUAUUUACCAGUUGAAGGUUUCCAUGGUUUGGGUUCCCGUCUGUACAUUUGCAGGUCCCUGGAACCUGAAGAUCGUCUGCCGUCAUCUCACACAUGCUUUUACCAGCUGUGUUUACCCCCUUAUUCAUCUAUGGCUGUCAUGCAAGAUCGCCUUGGAGUCAUCACUCAAGAUCACAUUGGUUGCAGUUUUGGUACUUGGUGAAUACACCUGCAUUUUGGGGAGAAGUGGUUUUGACUGCACAUAGAAAUAUAGGUACUCAGCUUUGCACAGAUUAUAGGAUAUAUAGGAUUAUUCCAUCUGUUCUCGAAUUAAUGAUGUGAGAAGGCACUUUUGUCAAAUCAAUUCUGGGUUGCAAUGUCAUUGAUCUUUUGUCAAAUGUUUAUAUAUGGGGUUAAGUAAAUUUAAGAAUUCUGUGAUUUGGUCUUAGUAAAUAGCUAUUGUAUCGUCAUGCCAUGACAUACAAGUUUGGACAAUCAUGC